AUGCAGGACGUUACUCGGGACAGCAUUAUUGGGGGAAACCCGGGACAGGACGAGGUCGGCAGGGUGAGGGAUGGGCAGGAUCAGCAGCCAGAGUCGAAGCAUGUGGAGCAUCAAGGCCAAGACGAGAAGAACAAGGAUCCCGAAGGUGCAGCCCCUCAGCUUGAAGAUUUCAAGCUGCCGGUGCUGGGCCGGGUGAUUUUCUUCACGCUAGCGGUGUUGACGUUGAUGGUGUCGUUGGAUGGCACUUCUAUCUCGGUUGCGUUGCCGAAAAUGGCACGCGAGCUCCAUGGCUCUGCGAUGGAGGCCUUCUGGAGCGGAACGUCCUUUCUGCUCUGCUCGACCGUCUUUCAACCCUUCACGGCCGCCCUGAGCGAUAUCUUCGGCCGUCGUCCGGUCAUCCUGCUCUCAAUCGGGUUCUUCUUCUCCGGGUCACUCACUGCUGGACUGGCCCACUCCUUCACCACCAUCCUCAUGGGACGCUGCGUCCAAGGGGUGGGUGGUGGGGGAAUCGCAGUGUUGUCUGAAGUACUGAUUACGGACCUGGUGCCGCUGCGUCUACGCGGCAACUACUACGGGGUGCUCAGUGCGAUGUAUAGCCUAGGGAGCGUGUUGGGGCCUAUAUUGGGGGGUGGGUUCUCCGAGAAGGUGACCUGGAGAUGGAUCUUUUACAUCAACUUUCCCUUCAUCGCCGUCGCCACCAUCAGCGUCCUCUUCUUCUUCCGCCUCCCCACACCCCCUGGCUCCCUCCGACAGAAAGUUCUUCAAAUCGAUUACGCGGGCACUUUUCUCUUCGUGAGCAGCCUCUCGUCCUUCCUGAUCCCCCUCUCUUGGGGCGGAAUCAUGUACAGCUGGACUUCAUGGCGAACCCUCGUCCCUCUCACCCUCGGUGCCACCGGACUCCUCACCUUCUGCAUCUACGAAGCCCUGAUCCCCUCCUCCCCGAUGAUCCCGCGCUCCAUCUUCCAAAACCGCAGCGCCGUGAUCGCCCUCACCGCCAGCUUCCUCCAAGGCCUGAUCCUCUGGUGCGCCCUCUACUACAUGCCAUUAUACUACGAGGCCGUGAAAUCCUUCUCCCCGAUCAUGGCCGGCGUGGCCCUCUUCCCCGACACCUUCACGGUCGCCCCGUCCGCCAUCCUCUGCGGCGUGAUCAUCACCCGCACCGGCCGGUACCGCUGGGGUUUGUACCUGGGCUGGACACUCUCCACCCUGGGCCUCGGCCUCCUGUGUCUUCUUCAGGUCGACACUCCCACCGUGAAAUGGAUCUUCCUCAACAUCCCCGCGGGCUUAGGCCUCGGGAUCUUGACCGCGGCGAUCGUCUGCGCGGUGCAGGCGUCCGCGACUCCCGAGAACCUGACCCUAUCCGUGGCGAUGGUAAUUUUCUUCCGAGCCUUUGGCCAAGCGGUAGGGAUUGCCGUGGGGGGUGUGAUCUUCCAGAAUCGGAUGCGCCGGGAGUUGAAUCAGUAUGAGGGGUGGGGCGGACAGAGAGCAGAAGAGGUGAGUCGCAAUGCGGCGGCGUUGGUCACACUCUUGGAAGGGAUGGGCGAGAAAGAGGCGCGGGUCCUUCGGGAGUGUUAUACGGCGAGUCUACGGGUGCUCUGGGGGGUGAUGUGUGGGGUGGCGGGGGUGGGGUUGGGGUUGAGUGGGUGGGUGGAAGGGUAUUCGUUAGGGGAUUCGUAG